AUGCCGUGUGAAGAAUCCGGUCCCUCUUUAUCUACUUUGACGAUGAAAUUCUUCAACAAUGCAAUGCAAAGGCCAGUUAAUUUUAUCCACAAGUUUCAUGGUCACAAAGGGAAACACCUACUCGAUUUUCUCAGAUCGAGUUUUAUACCAGCAGGGUACAAGGAGCCAGAGCCAGAGCCAGAGCCAGGUAAUGACACGAAAACUCAUGUAAUCCAAAUCCAAUGCAUAUCGAAGCUCAGACAAGCAGGGAUCAAGUUCAAAGUUGGAAACGAAGACAGUUUUUUGGUGAUAAAAUUCAGACAUGGAGUGAUUGAAAUGCCCACAAUUAUCAUGGAUGAUUUUAUGAGUGCAUUUUUGCUGAAUUGUGUGGCAUAUGAACAGUGUCACAAGAGUUGUUCUAAGCACAUGACAACCUAUGCAACUUUCUUGGAUUACCUAAUAGACACUCAUAAGGAUGUUGCAUAUUUGAGUGAUCAUAAAAUCAUUGAGAAUGAACUUGGGACAGAUGCAGAAAUUGUGAGUUUUGUUAACAAUUUGGGGAAGGAUGUGGCAUUUGAUAUUGAUGUUUGCUACUUGUCUGAAUUGUUCGAUGAAGUGAAUCUCUAUUAUAGGAACCGUUGGCAUAUCCACUGGGCAAGUUUUAAGUACACUUAUUUUAGCACACCAUGGUCAUUUGUUUCGGCAUUAGCUGCUUUUAUUCUUCUGAUCCUCACCGUGGCGCAGACACUUUUCACUAUUAUUGCUUAUGUUCGCCCACGCAAGAAUUAG